CAUCAUUGUAGCUCUAAUACUUUGCAUUAUAAAUAUUGAAUGAAUGACCAUGUAGCUUAACCUAAUUAGAAACUUGUCUCAUGGUGACACUAGUUUUUCCACUGCUACUUUAAUUAUUUCCAAUAGGAUUUUUCAUCUAGAUGUAUUAAGUAGGCAGUCUGUAAGUAGACUGGCUUAUUAUUUGCUUAACCUGCAAUAUCUGUGCCUCUAUGCUUAGGCAAUUUAAAUUAAAAUGUUUCUGCAUGUGUUAAGGUUGACACUUCUGUUUUCUUUUCCUCCCUUCGUUUUACAUACAGCUUCUGGGUUGUUAGUAGCAGAAAUCAAAUUAAGUUAGCCAAAGCGAAAGGAAUUUUGUCAGGAAGAGCUGGAGUACAUCUGGGCCAAUAGAAACCUUUAAGGAUCCUCUUUCCAUUGCUUUUUGUUGCUUGUCUCUGUUCAUCUGCUUUUUUUUUCACUUUGACUGCUUUUUCAGCCCUAUAACACUGUGACAUCCCCACAGCAGUUACAGCUCUGGCCAGCAACUGAGAGACAGACUGUCUCUCUGUUCCAAUUUUUUAUUUUCCAAAAUUAGAAUGUCAUUGGAAAGGUUGGGCCAGAUGUCAGCCUCUGGCCAAUCAGCCCCAGAGUGGUGGGGAAGAUGUUGGCAUGGCCAUUUCAUUCAGACAUGGUGCUGGGGUUGGCCUUUCGAGUUAAGGAAUAGACCCGAGAGAAGGGAGUAUAGCUGUGAUCAGAUAGCCAAACGAGCAUCUGCUGUCCUCUUAUGAGACUAAGACCUGUUGAUCUGGAGCCUAUAGUUAAGAAAGAUGCAGUGCAUAGUUGUGCCAGACCCCUAUCAACUCCAGUGGGGAUGCCAGCAGAUUCAAGAGGCUGAAGAAGAGACCUAGAGCUAGCAGAUGAGACAUGGGGUUUUGUUGGUGGCUUAUAUACAGGGGAGAGAGUCCAGUGGCGGUGGGUUGAGCAGGAGAACCACAACUGCAUACAAAAGGCAUGCAGUUGACAUAGCAUUUUCACUUAUCGCCCUCCCCCUAACAACUGCCACUUGCCAGCCUUCACUUAAUCCAAAACAAAGGGCCUUGAUAUCCUGUAGAGCCUGCAUUCCACGGGACUGGAUGGGUGCUCAAGUGUUCCUCAUAGAUAAGGAAUAACUCUCUGGGUUGGCCACUCUCAGAUACCUUAGCUUGGAACUCUGAACACACAUUCAGGUAAAUCUACCAUACAGGUUCAUUCUCAGUCACAUUAUUGCUGUCAGGUGUGCCUGCCAUACACACAGAGCUGGGUAGAAGUGAAGGGCGUAGCAAGCCUUGCCAGAUCUUAUACUAAUUAUGUGUAGGCCACAGUAGUGGAAAUGUUCCUCUAAGUUGUUUACAGUCCUGACUUUAAUUGGUUCACAGAUGCUUCCUUUAAUAUAGAAUGUUCAUCUUGAUUUAAGUGACAUGGAAAUUUAUUAAAACGGUGGGUUUGUAAUGGUUGUUGUCUCAUGGAUACUUUAUAGUAGUCAUCACAAAUACGUUUAAGAAAAUUAUGUACACGAUUCUGAUCUUGCCUGAGAAAAAUGAGAGGAAUAAGACUUGAAAUAAAUUAUCUUUUUAUUCUAGAGACACUUUCAUACAGUUGACAUUCCUUUGUGCAGGAAAUGGAAACAUUAAAAUGACAGUGAGAAUAACUUACAGUGAUAAUUGUCAGAUUGUAGCUAUGAGUUGACUGGUGAAACAAACACACAAAGCCCCUUCGUUCCAACUUCUGUUCCCCAGUGGGCUUUAUGUCCCUGCUUCCUCCAUCCAGCCACUCCCUUCUGGAUGUAGUUGGAAAAGUGGAGAAGGCCCAGGAGUCUGCAGGAUGGGAACAAACCACCAGACCUGCUGUCUCCUAACCUUGGUGUUUUGGGGGAGCCUUGCAGCUAUCUUACAAAUCUGUGUAAAUUUUAAAUGUUCCUCCUUUUAGUUUCUUGAAAAGAGCUUCUGCCAAGGUGGAAGCAGAGAAUAGCUGUGUUAAUGUAGCAACGUGGGCCAUCAUUGAGAACAUACAGGUGCUGAUUAAUCCAGAGUUAGAAAAUACAAUUGAAAAUUGAAAUUCUGUGAUCCUCAAUUUCUUUUAAGCAUUGAUACUAGCUAAAUGCAGGAAAUCUGCUUAAGGAUAUUAUAUGUUUUCUAUAUGACUUUGAAGUUAUUUGACAAUUUGUGGACUAAAACUCAUGAAUAUGUUUUACAAACUAAUUUUUGCGAACAAAAAAUACAUUUAAUUUCUGCAAGCUGUUUUUUGCUAAUCUGACAGUGUAGGGUUCAAGCAGAAAUGGGAAUGAAUGUGGAGGAUUCAGAACUUUUAAGAAAACAAGUAACUAAAUUGGUUGUCUUAUAAAUAAAGAUCCUGCAGAUAACAUUAACUUGGUUUGAAAAUGAGAGAUGCGGUUUAAUUAGUAUGCUAUUUUCUAACUAGUUCGUUUAAAAAUAUUUCUCAAGCGUAUCUCUGGGGUCUAUUAGAAUGGUGCUAGUUGAAUUGAGCCAGCCCUAAUAUGGCCUCUGCAGAAUACUCAUUUGCUUAUUUAUACUCUGCCUCUUUCCAAAAAGAUUUGAAGAGUCUGACUUUAUAAAAUAGGAAACCUAUAAGUACUUGUACAUCACUCUUAAAUUCCUGGAGGUGAUGUGAAUUUCAUUACAACCAGAGUCUGUGUUGCAGCCCUUUCCCUUUGUGGAGUGUUUAGUGGGCAAUUCCUUUAUGACCAUUCCUGUCUUUCCCUUAGUCCCUCUAACUUUUAUGUUUAAAAUUUGAAAAAUCUGCAGAUAGAUGAACUCUUUCUUCUGUUUCUAGGUACAAUGGUGCUUUACCCAAUGGCGAUAGAGGACGGAGGAAAAGUAGAUUUGCCCUCUACAAGCGGCCCAAGGCGAAUGGCGUCAAACCCAGCACGGUCCAUGUGAUUUCCACGCCCCAGGCGUCCAAGGCUAUCAGCUGCAAAGGUCAACACAGCAUAUCCUAUACUUUGUCAAGGAAUCAGACUGUGGUGGUGGAGUACACACACGAUAAAGAUACGGAUAUGUUUCAGGUGGGCAGAUCAACAGAAAGCCCUAUCGACUUCGUUGUCACAGAUACAAUUUCUGGCAGCCAGAACACAGACGAAACCCAGAUCACACAGAGCACCAUAUCCAGGUUCGCCUGCAGGAUCGUGUGUGACAGGAAUGAGCCUUACACAGCACGGAUAUUCGCCGCUGGAUUCGACUCUUCCAAAAAUAUAUUCCUUGGAGAAAAGGCAGCAAAGUGGAAAAACCCUGACGGCCACAUGGAUGGGCUCACUACGAAUGGCGUCCUGGUGAUGCAUCCACGAGGGGGCUUCACCGAGGAGUCCCAGCCCGGGGUCUGGCGUGAGAUCUCCGUCUGUGGAGAUGUGUACACCUUGCGAGAAACCAGGUCGGCCCAGCAACGAGGAAAGCUGGUGGAAAGUGAGACCAAUGUCCUGCAGGACGGCUCCCUCAUUGACCUGUGUGGGGCCACUCUCCUCUGGAGAACAGCAGAUGGCCUUUUUCAUACUCCAACUCAGAAGCACAUAGAAGCCCUCCGGCAGGAGAUUAACGCCGCCCGGCCGCAGUGCCCCGUGGGGCUCAACACCCUGGCCUUCCCCAGCAUCAACAGGAAAGAGGUGGUAGAGGAGAAGCAGCCCUGGGCUUAUCUCAGCUGUGGCCACGUGCACGGGUACCACAACUGGGGCCAUCGGAGCGACACGGAGGCCAACGAGAGGGAGUGUCCCAUGUGCAGAACUGUGGGCCCCUACGUGCCUCUCUGGCUUGGCUGUGAGGCGGGAUUUUACGUAGACGCAGGACCGCCAACUCAUGCUUUCACUCCCUGCGGACACGUGUGCUCGGAAAAGUCUGCAAAAUACUGGUCUCAGAUCCCGUUGCCUCAUGGAACUCAUGCAUUUCACGCUGCUUGCCCUUUCUGUGCUACGCAGCUGGUUGGGGAGCAAAACUGCAUCAAAUUAAUUUUCCAAGGUCCAGUUGACUGACACCCUUGACAACCAUCUAUGACUUUAUUAACAGGUUACUGUGAAGAUUUUGCCACUAACUCUAGAUUUUGCCUUUUUGUAAUGCUGUUUAUUAGGGGAGGGUGACUAGGGCUGGGAAUAGGGAGAGGGGACACAUGAUGAAACAUGGCAGGAGUGUAACAGAUACCAAUGGUGUUUUGCAUGCUCAGAACAGCAGCAUUGUCAUUGAAGUCUGCUUGAUUAAACCAUCAUAAUAUCUGUAAUAAUUGGAUUUAAAAUGCCAUGCUUUUAUUUUUAACCUUGGGUUUUUAACCAAGUUUGUUUCUUGUAAUCUUGGACAAGACUUUAAAUCAUAUUUUAUAGAUGUAGAAGAAAUUAAUUCAAAAGUGAUGGGCUCAUGAAGUUCAGCCUUCAGUGCAGUGUGGUGUAGGUGUUACCGGAAGGGCACACAGUGUCUAGAAAUACUUGAUCAUGGCUCAGACCUGACCAGACAGCAGAGGGGCAGCUCUGUACAGUGUGACUGGUGGACAGAAGGCCGUAGGCACAGGUGGUUUUGAAAUCUGGGGCUUCUUCCAGAUUUAUUUUUCUGACUUGUUGGUGGAGAGAAUACUCAUAUCUUGUGGGCUUUUUUUUUUUUUUAACUUCAAUCGAAUUUACUUUAGAUACUCAUUCAUCAAAUACAUGGCACUUCUCAAAGAAUUUUCUAUAACUUUUUAGCCUUCUUUUUGUUACUUCUGCCUAAUAUGAUUUGCCCCUGAUACUCAUCUUGCACGGCCAGACUGUUUGGUUGAUUAAAAUAUAUCAGCUCUUAAAAACUCAUUAACUGAGAGUAAUUACAGUAGUCGACAUGAUCUGGGUAUUACACGACCACGUUUAUUUGCUGACUGAAUUGUUGAAGAUUUAAGAAUGAUUAAAAAUAAGCUUUGACUUUUUAAAAUCACUUGGGGUUUUUACAGGCUUGGGAUUUUUCUUUUUUGUUGUUAAGAAAGCCAAAUUCUGUGAGCCUAAAAGCAACCAGUCACAGUGUUACAGUCAUUUUUGUGCACUCCCUUUUCACCAUCUGUCACCUUCCCUUGCAGCUUAAGGAGCCGUGUAAGUUUUGAAAAUGUUUGCAAAUCAAACUCAAUUUAAAUGGGAUCAUUAGAUAUACACGACACCAAGUGGUCCAUCUGCAGAGAUAAUUCAAAAUUCCCAAUUUUGAGAGAGCAAAUGAUCCCAUUUAAAUCGCUGAGGAAUAAUUAAAUCAGAAUUUCAUAUGAGCUCCACCAUUUCUCUGUUACUUUAAUUUUAUUUGGAUUAAUAAUUCUUGGAUGCUUGGCACCAGUCAUAUCGCUGCUUCCAGAAUGUAAAGAUCCUUUAGGACCUGAGACUGGUUGGAGCUGGCUGAGAUAAAAUAAAACCCUGCCACAUGGAGUAAGUAUUUAUUUAAACUAAUGUUCUCUUAAUUUGACCAUUGCAGAUUUGGGUGAUUUUUUUUAACCUUUGUAAAUAUACGUAAUUUAUAUGAUUCUAAUGUACUAUAUCCAUACUUGAAUUGGUUUUUUCAUACUUUGCCUGCUGGCAAAUAUUUUGCCUAUUUUCAGUUGUUCUAACCUAUUUGAAUACUCUCUGAAAAUGAUACGAUAUAUUACUCUUGAUUGCUGCUGCUUACUUUGAUGUAAUAUUUUUAAAGUUCAGCCUCUCAGUUUUAAAAUAGCUUUAUUUUUCAAGGGACAUCAUUGUGUAGGAUGAGGCAUUUUUGGUUUUGGUUUUGUUUGGGUAAAUUUUAAGUGAUGUGAAAAUCUGACAACAGUCCUCUUAUGGAUAGCUUGCUGUAUUUGGUAGAGCUUACUCUGCCUGCAGACAGAAAAUGAAAGAAAAAAAUGGACUUGCCUAGAAUAAUAUAUUGAGUGCCCUUUGAUUUAGCCACAGCCUCUGAUGAUUAGCUUUCACUGAUAGAGUAGGUCUUUUCACCCUGUAAUUCCUUGUGCUCCGAAGAAUGACAAAGGAGGCACUCAUUCCCUUUCCUUGGUAUAUGCCUAGAAAGUGGUUGAAGCAUUCUUGAUGCCCUAAAAGCAUCUUGUAAGCUAAAUGGUCUUGCAUCCAGAAAGGCCAGAUUUUACCUACCAAGUAAAAAGAUAUUUUUCCAGAGAGUUAGGUGUAUCAUAAUUUCCCAUUUCAAGUUCUGUUCUUAAGCUUACUCAUUCUGCAAUGUGACAUAUCCCCUAAAAUGAAGUCACCUUCCAAGUUGGACACAUGCCAUAAUUCAGCUUAAAUGUAAGCUGAAAUUUGGGUACUAAUUUCCCAGCUCUUAGAAGGGGUAACAGUGAACCGCCCUCUAUGGGCUCCACAUCUUUUCCUUUGGCUUCCAAAGCGAGGUCCCGCCCACCCUGCCUAAGGAACUGCAGAGAGGUGGCAAGUCAGCAGAAAGGACGCCAGGCUGUUCAUGGCCUCUUGUAGGAAGAUCCCUUUAAUUUUUUUUUUUUCAGAGUUGAGUUUGUGAGAAUAAAGACCUCUGUAACUCACCAAGGCAGAGAAAUACAGUUCAGAAAAGUAAUGUCUCCAAGGUCACUUAUUUUUUUAUGUCUUGCUUGCCAUCACUUUAAAGGACUAGCCCCACGCCCCCAUGUGUACACAUAAGGAAAUUGCAGAACAAUUCGUUGUCCUGGCCUGACUCUAACGUCGUUUGCAAGUAGCUUCCCAGAAGUAAAAUCCCCAGUGAUGUAUUCCCAUAGAAAUAUUUUUCAGUUGUUUAUGUCGUUUACUACAAAAAAAUGAUUCAGAGUGGAUGGAGUACAACUCUGAGUAUUUUUCUAGUCCGGAAUUUUUUAUUAAUGAUCGGUGCUGCCGGGUCAUGCAUGCUGCAACUCUCAACAUUUCCUUUAUUUGGUUCAGCUUUUAGCAAAAAGGGCUACAGUUCACCCUGCAGAGUAAGUAUUAAGGUUUCUGGAUUUUUUUUUCCCCAACUGUGGCCCAAAAGAAUUAAAAUCCGUUAAUAUAAAUAGAGAGCAUAUUUAUCAUUCCUCAAUAGUUAAUUAUAGACUUUGGUACCUUUGUGCCUCAGGGAAGCCACGUGAUAUAACUGGUUAUAGAAUUUCAGGGCUAGGGUUUAAAGAAAGGAGAAAGCCAUUGGAAAAAUGAUGGGCUCCAUUAAGGAGACUAAUGAAUCUGGAUGCAGAAAUAUGCCAGAAACUGGCAUAAACAUGAUUGUAGUAGAAUUUAUUUUCCAGUACCAAUAAGGAAAUUAUUUUAAGUUAUUACAUAUACUGUAUUGGGAAAGUUGAGGAGAACUCUUUUCUUCUUAAAGCUUCAAUGUCUUUUUUUUUUUUUUCCGUGGAAAAACUCAAAUCUGUUAUUUGGGAGCUCAGUAUUGUGUGGGCACUGUGGAGAGUUUUCUACUUAAUUGAAGUGUAAUACAGGUUACAGAAUUGUUACCCACAGUUGUAUGGUUUUGCUCCAUUUCUUUUCGUUAUUAAAGUCAUUCUGUUCCUUAGAUGUGUUUGAAAAGGUGUGUGAUGACACCAUUGUUAAUGCUGGGUAAAAACUAGCUAUCUUCUUGCAGUCUUGCCUCAUAACAGUGGAAUUUCUGAUAGACAAACCACAGGACUUUGACUUUAUGCCAAAUCCAGCUCCGUCCCUUUACUGUCAAUCUUCUAUCCCAGUAGUGUAGCCUUUGUGGCUUAGGGUAUGAUGCUUCUCCUUCUGUGCUGAAAAAGCACAGCUCUGUUACCAUUUCGUUACCACUCAAAGGCCAAUGAGACAACUUCAGAAUCUUUUUAAAAGAAUGCAAGCAUCAUUGAAGCAGUAACACAAAAAGAAGGUUCAGUAUUUUCUUUUUAGUAAAACUUACAUCCUUUCAAAUAAGUUUUUGCCCUCAUGAAGAAUCCCUAGAGGAAGGUAAGGAAAAUAUUUUACAGUAGUACUUGACAGUUUCUAAACAUGUUUCUGAACAAAUGAACUCAAUGAAAGGAAAGAUGUUUCUUUUUAGUUGAGAUGACAGAUUGCUUCUCUGUAUUAAAUAGUCUAGAAGUUAAGGGGAUGGUCACAUUUACCAUGUAUUGUGUUAUGAGCAGUUCAAUUUUAUGAAUAUAUUUGUAAAAUUGUUGUUUUAUAUUUCAUGUCAAAUUGAAAAGUUUAUUUCUUCACUAUUGUACCUGUGGAAAUACAAGCCAUUUUACAGGAAAAAUAUCUUCAAAAACUAUUAAAUGGAUUUCAGUCUGUUUGUGA